AGGAGGACGAGGGGGGUGGUGGUGGUGGAGGAGGACGAGGAGGGAGGUGAGGGUGGAGGAGGAGGAGGAGGGAGGUGGUGGUGGUCGUCGCUUCCCCUUCCCGCUUCACUCGGCGGCUGCGACGGGGGCGGUCAUCGCCGGACGCCGCCGCCGCCGUCUCGUCGCGACAUCGGCCCGCGCCACCAUCGCUCGCGUCUCCCACCAACUCCCCCCCCACAAGGACGCCUCCCCCCACCAACCCCCCCCCCCCCACGAGGACGACUCCCACCAACCCCCCCACGAGGAGAAGAAGGACGACUCCGAGCCGUCCCCUCGCCGCCACUUGGCCCGCCCUGCCGCCCGCCCGCUCGCGAGCGUGACGCUGGGGCGCGAUGCAGUCCGACUGCGGCUCGCUGAUGGACGUGACGGCUUUGCCUCCUGACUCAACGAGAAGCAGCUGCCCCGCCGAGCUGGAGAUGGAGGAGGAGGGGGCGCAGGGAGCGGACGAGCCCGGGGCAGCGGCCGGCGGUUGCCCCGGCGUGCGGGACCAGGGCUGCCAGGCUGACCUGCGGGCCACGCGAUGCUGCGCGGAAGCGGCGGAGCUGGGAGACCCUCCUCUCGUGCAGCAGCAGCUUCACACGUCGAGACACGGCGUCCGCCAGAUCCUCGAGUGCCUCCGCGUUGGGACGCCGCGUCUCAAGCAGCUGCUGCUGUGCGAGGUGGACAUCGUCUUCGAGUGCCAGCUGUGCCGCAGCCUCUUCCGGGGCCUUCCCAACCUCAUCGUGCACCGGCAGAACUACUGCCACCCCUACGCGUGCACAGAAGACGACACCUUUUUUGAAGAGGACAACAACAACCACCACCACAACCACCACCGCAACCACCACCACCGGGACACCCUCCCCGAACCGGCACGGCCGCAGGAGAAGCGCGUCGACUUCGUCAUCCAGCUGGACCCCAUCGCCACCAACCGCAACGCCGUCUACCAGCACGUCAUCACCUCGGACGACCCCAAGUGGGAGGCCCACGUCGCGGCCGAGCCCGGCCGCCAAGGCCCGUCGGGCACCACCCCCGUCGGCCCGACGGAGGCCAAGGAGGCCGGGCCCGAGUCGAAGACGUCGCCGGCAAAGGCGGAGACGACGGUGGGCCCGGCCGCGGACCAGACGGCGAGCGUCCUCUCGCCGAUCUCGCUGGGCUACUCGUGCGCCGUGUGCGCCAAGAGCUUCCGGCUGCGGCGCAGCGUGCGGCGCCACAUCCGCGUGGUGCACAAGAAGCUCGCCGAGGAGGUGAACCGCUACUUCCGCCUGGACGCCGCCGCGGCUGCGCUGGCGCAGGGGCAGGCGACCGUGCCGCACGACCGCAAGGCCUGCCCCGUGUGCCACAAGAGCUUCGCCAACAAGGCCAACGUGCGGCGGCACUUCCACGACACGCACCACGACGCCAAGUGGGAUGUCGCGUGGAAGGAGUCGAGGUCGCCCGGCCGGGCGCAGCCGUCGUCGCGCUCCUCGCUCUCGCCGCCCUGGUCGCUGGCGCCCGUCAAGGUGACGGCGCCCGCCAAGCGGCACGGAGGCGCCGGCGCCGAGAUCCUCGUGUGGAUCUGCCCGAUAUGCAACCGCAAGCACGGCUCGCUGAUCGCGAUCAAGCGCCACCUGCAGCUCUUCCACAAGCAGAACAACUUCACGAUGGAGGGCGACGAGGAGGCCGAGCCUCCUUCGGACGCCCCGACGGAAGGCGGCGGCGGCAGCAUCUGCAGCGUCAGCGUCGGCAGCGUCGUCGGCGGCAGCGUCGGCAGCAGCGUCGGCGGCAUCGGCGUCGACGGGGAUCAGCCCGACGAUUCCACAGUCGCGGACGUCCAGGAAUCCAAGGGGAAGCCGCCGGAGCAGAAAGAGACUCCCACGAAAGCCGGCGCCAAGGACAGAGACCCGAAGGCGCAGCCGCCCCCCGACAAACUGACGCACAAAGACAACCUGUGCACGGUUUGUGGGCACGCAUUCCCCAGCCGGGUCGAGUACAGGAAGCACAUGUCCACGACGCACGCCGGCGACGUCAAGCUCGAGCAGAACGGCACCCAGCAGCCUGCGGAGCCGGAGACGCCCACCAAGGGGGGCGGCGACGCCGAACGGCAGCAGUCGCCCCGACGGACGCCGCCGCCGCCGCGGCCGGAGACCAAGGCCAAGGGGAAGCUGUUUGACCUGCGGCAGCUGUACUGCCGGCUGUGCAAGCGGCGCUUCUCGACGCGGCAGAACCUGCGCAAGCACAUCGAGAUGCACACGGACGGCGACCGCCUCUACGUCAAGUUCUUCCGCUGCCCGCUGUGCUCCUACGAGUCGCGGCGCAAGUCCGACAUCCUGCGGCACCUCACGGUGGUGCACAAGCACACGAGCUGCUACCUGCGCCGCGUCGCCGGCAGUCUGGAGAGCCGCUCCAUCAAGAAGCCAGUCGAUGCCUUUCUCAACCGCAAAAUCCGGCGCGGGCGGCUGCCGCACUGCGCCGGUCUCCGCGUGAAAGCGGAGCCGGGGGCCGUCGCCCGCACCGCGGACGGUGCCGGCUGCGGCGGCGAAUCUUCUGCAGCGUCGCCGUUGGAAAACGCUGGCACGGCGGCGUCGGUGGCCACGCCGGUCAAAGCGAAGGGCCAGGCUGCGGCGCCGACGACGCCGCCGAUGGCGGCAACGACGGCGCCAACGACGGCGCCGAUGGCACCAAAGGCACCGACGGCACCAAAGGCACCGACGGCACCAAAGGCACCAAAGGCACUGACGGCGCCACUGGCGCCGGCGGCUCCGGCAACGCCAGCACCGCAUCCAGCUAGCUCGGCUCUGCCGUACCAGUGCGACGAGUGCGGGAAGGCGUACACCAAGAAGUCCUUCCUGGAUAACCACAAGCUGGUGCACGUGCGGAGGGGCAGGAAGGCCGGGCAGAAGGCGGCGGCGACGGCGACGGAGAGGAGCAAGCGAAGCUCCUUCCCGUGCCGCAACACGCGCUCGCGCUCGGUGAACCUCAGCGAACAGCGACGGCAGCAGCAGCAGCAGCCGCCCGCCAAGUGACGGGAGCGGCUGGCGCAAGAGGCCCCGUUGCGCUCCAACGCUCUCUCGCGGUUUUGCCGUCCGGAGGACGCCGCUUCGUUUACGUCGUCCGCUGGUGAACAAGCAGAGACGAUAAGCUGAAUGUAAAAAAAAUUUCAAGUUUUUUUUUUACUACACAUCCACAUCAGCUACACCGGCCUUCUGGGAGUGCAUGAUUUUAGCAGGAUUGUUUCAACACAAGCAAACUCGCUUUUGACAUUCAAAGUCUCAUCAGCAGUCGGGCUUGUUUGAACCGAUUAAUACGAAAGGGCAUGAAAUGAUAGUAAUGUGCAUGUGUAGUGCGCUUGUUUAGAUACUUCUGCAACUUCAAGCGCCUUCCAUCCCAUCUCAUCCAUUUUCAUUUCCCCUGUGGCUGUACAGCACAAGGUAGGGAGGUGAUGCUGCAAUGUGGUUGUUUUUCCCCCAAAUCGGUAAUUUGCGAGUAAUUUAUAAAAUUUGGCAACUUUUUCACCACAACGCCAACGCACAUGGCCUAUUCUUUUUCCGAUAACAUCAAAGGACCUUCAACGUGCACUGCGAAGCAGACCGUUGGCGUAUUUAUGGCCAAUGCACCCCAACCGCAUUUACCAGGGUGGUCGCCUGUUUGGAAACCGCGCGUGACGAUGAUUAGCAACUUGAAUUCCAAGUUGCGUGAAAAUAAUUCGCCAACGUCAGUUGUGUCUUAACGGAAGCUAGCAAACUGCACGAACGAGACGGGGGGAGGGGAAAAAAACGACAGAAAACAAAAUGGGACGAAUCGCGACGAUUCUUCAAAUCUCUGCGACAAAGGGGAGUGGCUCGUUCGUCGCCAAAUACAGACUGCAGCGUGUCUAUCAACAGGCCAACGUAAUAUUCCUCGAGCAACACUCAAAGGGGGGGGGGGGGAGGGCGUUGGUGGGGGUGAGGGGAGGGGCAGUGGGGUGAUGGCUUCUCCUUCUCUCCAGGAGAUUACAUUUCUCUCGAGCGGAACACGUCACCCCCCCACAUUACCCCCCCACAUCACCCCCCCCACGUCACCCCCCCACGUCACCCCCCCACGUCAUUGAGCGGGCCACGUCAGCCCCCCCUACGUAAUCGAGCGGGACGCGAAUGACCGACCGACCGUGCGAUCUCGGUGACGGUGAGACGUGACGAUCGGGCUGCGUUCUGGAUCGGCGGUGCGCGCGGUGUGACGUAGUGCGCACGCCAGCGUCGUGGCACGCACGAUGGCACCGGCAAGAAGCUCGCUGUAAAUUCACGCAAAAGGCCGACACGUGGUGGCAAAGUGGGGCAAUCUAAGCGCCCGUGAAAAACUUGAGUGUGCGUCAGAGGCGUCGAUUUUAACGUCGAGAAAAGAAGGCUUGUGGCAGGACAGGGCGCUGGGAGGGAGGGAUAAGGGGUCCCGUGGUCGUGGCUAAAGGAGGAAAACACACCCUGUGUGCAGGAGCUAGUUGAGCGGUUUCAUCGCAAGGUCGCGUGGGGGAUGAUGACGGCUUGGGGGGAGACCUUCACUCAGCAGUGGAUAGAUCAUGGCUGAAGAAGUCAAUGAUGAAAAUUAGCGAAGCUUCAAACUCGCAUUGGGUAGCAAGGGACGCUCGCGGUGCAUGCCAGGGGUUUGGUGAUACACUUCGCCCGGCGGUUCCAUCAUCAGUCAUUAUCUCCAGUUGUGAUUUGAUUCAAUAACACUGGUCAACACACUUUUUCUGGCAUAAGGUAUUCCAACGGUUUUAAGGACAUUUUGGGGUAACGAUUCCAAAUCUGGCAUCAGUCUUUGUCUAUCGCAUCAGGUUUUUGAGAUAUCAAAUAUUGCAUUUUCAAUAAAAACUGCGGAAGAAAAAUAUUUAAUAAAUGUGGAUAUCUACAUAAAAUGAUAUUAUAAACACACUAUCCUAAAAAUACAGCACCAUAUUUUAGCACUAAAGCAGUCACUGACUCGCAACAACUUGCAAUCAUAAGUGACAGAGUUAAUUUCGGGUAAAAUCAAUGAAAAUGGGGUAUGCAGAUAGCAUAAAAUGAGAUGUGAUAGAGCAAAUCUGAGAUCAGAUUUGGAAUCAGCACCCUGAAAUUAGUCUAAAACAGCUGCAAAAGUCCAGGCCAGAAUUUUUUUUUUUUUGACCAGUGUAUAAUUGGUAAUUACCCAAUUGGGAUUACACAGAGCUUAUCAUCGCCAUCCCCCACUGCCCCCCCAACCACCUCACUACCGGCUGACUCGUGUCCGUUUGCAAGCCAGGUGCUGAGUCACUUUGUGCCGCACAGGGACAGCUGCCACUGGGGGUGCCCUUUCACGUGUUGAAAUGAGACGUGGGAUGUCAAGCGCCCUAGCGAGACGCCCCAGCGUAUAUGAGGGCGCUAUAUCAAAAACAAAUCCUUGUCAUCGUCCUUGUCUCUCCGAUGUUCUGUCUCAUUCCUUUUGUCCGUCUUGGUUGUGCCGUUAGACUUUGCGUAUAUAAUCGUUAUGCUUAUUAUUUGCAUAAAUUGUAAAUUAUCGAUUUAGUAUACACCUGUAUAGGAAUCGAUUUUAAUUGAUGUAUUAUUACAUGCCUACUGAGUACAUAGCUACAAGAUGAGAUAUGUUCGUCUCAUUUGGUUAAUUUUCCUUUAACUGUGAUGUACGCGUACAGCCCCUUUGUCAUUCCACUGCUGGCUGAGGGCCUCCUGGUGAUGUAGCCCUCGACGAAACCGUGGAUCGGAGAAAGAUCUUCGAUAAAGAUGGAAUAUCUACUGCACUACUUAGUCCGUGGGCCAGAGAAAAAAACCUGGUACCACCUAAGGUAGCAACACUUCAGUCCUACCGAUUUACUUACGUGGACAAUGAGUGUGAAUUACCCGAUAAACCCCACCAAUUUCCAACGGUUUAUCACAUAAAUCGCUAUAAUUGGCCACAUCAAAUCAUUAGAACCACUAAAGUUACGCCACCUGUGGUGGUACCAACGACGAGUGAAAUAUCUGGUCUGGGUUGCUCAUGGACCAACCGAGCAAAUCCAGCAUCCUCACGCAGCUGCAGCCCUUACCGUCACGGGUUUCAGCUGUGAAUGGCAAAGCAGCCUCCCAAACAUGUGACGCGGCGAUGUCAGUGUCCACGACUCGAUGAAGAUCCAUCUCCCUAUGCCUUGUGGGAUUUGUAACAUGGUUGUUAUUAUUCCGUUCAAAAGUGUUAUUGUUGUGUUUUUCUUGAAUCCUAUCGCCGCGCGAGCGCACGGAUUACGACAUUCUGUAAUCUGCCCUUGCGUCGAGGGGGCUGCCGGUCAUCGGGAGUGAGAUCAGACGGAGUGCGGGGCGGUAGCGGCGGGCGGCGCCGUGCCCAACGACGAUCCGCGCCCGGGAAGGAUGAGCGUGCGAGCCCCACACUUUAACUUUUUAUUUUCAUAUUUAAAGCAUAAUUAUCACAACGCAGUACGAACGUAAGCAAAUAUAUUAUCAUAACAAAACUUCAUGGUAGAGAUUACAGCACAUUACUAACUUGUUAAUUUUGUUGCAAUUUUCGGUGUGAAAUUGUACAAGGUAGUUCAAGGGUUGUGUUGAACGUUUCCUCGACAUAAAUGACAUUACAAUCGGUGGUGUAGCGUGGUUGGCGUGGGCCCCAGUGCAAGGAUUUGAAUGCGAGGCCCCCCUGUUCAUCUUACCCCCCCCCCCCGCCCGUCUUCGAAGCCUGACGCUUGGGCCCCAUAGGCUCCAUUGCAGUUGCACCGCCUGCACACUCGGUAGCUACGAAACCGAACACGGUAAUAAAAUGUGCGUUUCACAAUUAAUAUUGUGAAUGUGAUCGCAUCAUAAGACACUGAACAGAUUUGGCCAGCGUGCACACCAAGAUGAUUUGAAUGUAGAUUAUUUUUGUCGCUUUUGUAUGGGAAGGGUCUGAGCGGUGGAGGAGAGGCCCACAAGCCAGGGAAGGAACCGUGUGGUUCGAGAUACAAAAUGAAAGCAAUUCAAAGAGAGAGAGAUGCACAAAGACAUCGGCAGAGGAGGGGGGGUCUUGAGCCUGCACUUGAACAGUGGACAGGGUCUUUGCAGCAUCGCGAGGGGCCGGAGCAAAGGAUGAAACUUUACCGCACAAACUUUGCUUUUCACCAGCAUACUUGUACAUUUAUUUCUGAAUAACAGCUUCAAGUGUAACUUGGGCAUAUAUCCGCAAUAAAUACUGUACCCCGCAAACAGCGGUGCAUAAUGGGUUUAGGUGAAUUAUGAUUUGUUGACACGGUCAUUCGUGAUAACUGUAUCGCCGGGGUAAAAAAAAAAACAUUGGAGACAACUUGAAUUCAUGAACGGUCUGUCUCCAAUGUUCUUUCCAUCAUCGUCGUCGCAGCUGGCGGGCGGGGGUAAUCAACCGACGUGUACAUGCGUUUAUUCAAUUAAAGACUUAAAACGUGGGAUUAAUGGCAUUACGUUUACGGUAAAUCUGCCAGUUUUAGGAAUCCUUAUCUUGCGUUACACUUUAAUCGCACAUUAUCUUCGAAAAUCCAGCGUUCAUCUGGGAUCGGUUAACCAGAUGGAAAAAAAAAUGCGUUAAACUUUGUUACGGUAUUCUGCAGACUAUCAGAUACACUUUGCUCCCCCCACCUUCCCUCCCCUCUCCUUGUAUUGACACCGGGCCCAAGUUGUGGGGUGUGUCUUCUAAAUCGGGUGAACACGGCGCACAUAAGAGGUUUUUUUUGGGUUAUAUCGCGUAAAUAUAUAAAUGUGUCAUUAACCCCACCACCACCCGACACACCCAACUAGUAAGGUUUGUCACGUAAACAGAACAUGUCAAUUCGUUACGAGUACAGCACUAACCGGUGUGUUGGAGAGCAAAGCCACAACAUUUACGAUCUUGAGUACGACGUUUCGCCAGUAAUCACAACUAGCAUCAUCGGGCGGACCAAUUUGUCAUCAUCAGGCAAACCGAUUGCCUGGUCAGUAAUUACUGGCGAAACAUCGUACUCUGAUUGUAAAUGUUGUGGACAAACCUUACCAAUUGGCUGUGUCGGGUGGUGGUGGGUUUAACGACACAUUUAUAUAUUUACGCGAUCUAACCCCAAAAAAACCUCAUGGUCGCGAAAGCCGCCAACGUUUUAAACGGCACGCACCACAAUCCGUCGCGGCGACUUGGGCCAACACCGGCUGUUGCGCAACAACAAGCGGAACCUUUCGACCCGUAGCCAGGAGAUCAUCGGGGUCGUCUCCUGGUCCCGAGAACGUCUUCGCCGUUUGUCUUCACGCGUCGGCGUGUGAACGCAUUUUCCUUGUCGGGGCGAAACGCCGCCGUGUGCCCCCAGCUCGGGUGAAGCGAGAGUUCGUGUUCCCCAGCCGCCACGUUCACCUGUGUUCAUUUGUUAGACGGCAUGGUGCGUUCGGUAUGAUGAUGAUGAUGAUACGAAAAAAUAUAAGUUCGGUUUUAUCAAGAGGUGCCUGAUCGCUGCCAGGUGGCUCCGUGGUGGAGAGAGCGGCUAGCAAACCGGAAGGUUUUGGAGUUCAAAUGUUGGUUGGGGGUGGGGUUGACUCUGCCCAUCAUCUCUCCAGGGCCGAUAAAUUUAGUACCAAUUUGUUGAGGAAGCCAACAGUUGGUUGUCCUGUGGAUAGACUUUCCCCCCCCCCCCUCCACCUGUUAUAGAAAUGUGGAAUUUCCACUGCUGGCUCAGGGCUGUAAACAGGAGAUGAGCACGAAUGCCUCGGUGCUCAAUUGAGCAGAACAUCACUUUGACUUUCAUCUCAAAACAUUAACAAAUGCCAUUUCUACAACGCAUUUUAGCUCGACACAUGGUGCUUAAUUGGCGCAUUGCCUGCCGCUAACGUGUUAUGACCCCACCAACUGCGAUCGUGAGUUAGGUGUUAACGCAUAUGUCGACUGCGUAAAUUAAAUCCACAUAUACUUCGUGGCCAAUUGCCACGUUGACAACUACUGUAAUGCAUAAAUUCAAAAUUGUAAUGAUUUAACGGCCCUCUUUCAACCCACUGCUGUAUCAAUGUUCCCCAUGCUGCACCAGUUACUUGGGUUGUUUGACCAUACUUCACCAUGCUGGUCAUUGCAGGUUUCUUAAAAAGUUGGGGGGGGGGGGAGGGAACCCCAUGACCACUUUAGAUAUAUGCACCGCCAUGCAAAGUUUUCACAUACGUUCACAACAAAUGCGUUCUUAUCGCAGACAUAAUACAACCAGGGCCGGAUUAAGAUUGUGUAGGCCCCUGGGCUUGCAGGUACUGUGAGGCCGCCCCCCAGUAAUAUUUCCAAAAGGAAAACAAAGUUGAAGAAAAAUAAAGUGUAUUUUUUUACAAGGCUAACAACCAAUAAAAUUCAGCAUUCACAAGUGAAAUUACUUUUCACUUCAUCUCUGGUGGCCCCUCCAGCUGGUGGAGGCUCCUGGGAUUGCAGCCCCUAAAGCCCCCUCCCCCCACGCCUCUUAAUCCGGCCCUGAAUACAACCCGACGUUUUGGCCAGGGUAUGAACGUCGCGGUUCAUCGGCAGCAAUCGAUUGACUUCAGUGCGGAGUUCGUGGAGCAUGACCACUUGGCAAAGCAUAAAAAAACGCAGUUGUUGGGGUGGCUUUUACUCAUGCGUGGAGUUUGUGUUUUUUUCUUCUUCCGCUCGGGUUUCCGCCGCGGUCGUCGUGCGGGUGGUAAAUUGGCGAUUUUUUUUCUGUCUCGACGUUUCGGUUUUCCUCCUAAAAUAGCCACGGUGGCGGUGGAAAAAAAAACGUGGCCCCAGAAACGUCGGACGUCACGCGGAAGAUGAUCGGGCACGCGGGCGGCUGCCUUGAGAAGCGGUGAGCGCCGCACGACUUUCCGGUGAAGCAAAAAAACUAAGUUUUUAUCGUAGGGUUUUGUAAACGUUGAAAAGUUGGAUGAACUGCCUAACGACCUAACACGCCUUGGAUAUAUACAGAGUACGACACGUAGCCGUUCAAUGAAUGUCGAAAAAAAAAACAUUUAAAGAAAACUUUUUUUUUUUAAAAAGCAAGUUUGAGUAGAAUAUGUAGCCAAGAAAAAAAAGUUCGCUUCCAUCACGCGUGAGCUUCGUCUGAACCAAGCCACGGGGCUGUUGUUUGUUUUUGUUGUCUGUUUAUUUUCUUCCCUUCGCCCACCCACCCCUCUCUCAUUGGGCAGUUUGGCUCCUGCGAGCUGCUGCAAAUGACCAAAGAAUGCUAAUGAAGAAAUAUAAAAGAGGGAUAUAUUUUAUCGUGUGAGGUCGCGUCAAGUGCCGGACAGGAAUGCCCGCGUUUGCGCGUGUACAGACGAGAGACGGGAGUAGAAGAAGGAGGAGGAGGAAGUGUUAAAAAUGAAGCUCUUAAGUUUCUUGCUGCUCACAAAGUUGUUCUUGGUUACCGUGGAGCGCGCGCGCGCACGCUGUGAAAAUAAAAGUUUGUUCGGCA